CAGCGGCGGCGGCAGCGGGGCUGCUGCUCCUCCCAGCAUCCCUGGCGCGGCCAUUUCAGCCCCAUCUUGGCCGAGGGGAGGGAGCUGCAGCCGCCGCUUCAGCAGUUUGAAUUUCAGUUUCUACAGGGCCUGCGAACCGGGCGCACCGAGGAAGAGUCGAAGAAGCUACCGCAGCUACCUCACACAGCCGGCGCGCCGUCGCUUGCCGGCCUGCCGGCCGCCGCCCCUCACUCUCUCAGGAGCCGCGAGGGGAAGGCCGAGACCGCCGCCACCGCCCGCCCGCGGGGGUGGCUCCCCCUGUAUAGGGGAGGACCGAGCCGGCUUUCCCCUCCCCCGGAGCAGGUUUCCGCCUGAGACAGUCGACAUGUCCCUGGGACUGAGCUCCGGCUAGAGCCGGGGAGGGAGGGCCGCCCGCCCGCAGCUCCUGGCUGAAUCAGGAAUCCCUGGCUCCGGACUCGCCACUCCUACUCCUGCUUCCCUCGGCGUCCGAAAGCCCGGAGCUGACGCCGGCACUGGUUCGAAGAGCCGGAGCGGGGCAGCACCGCCCCUCACGCCGCCGCCGCCUCCCCUUCUCCCUCCCACUCCCACCCCCAGCCUAGGCCUGCUGACCGCGCGGAGCUGGAUUGACCACGGCGGCCCGAAGACGCGAGGAGGAAGCAGCCGACCCGCCCCUGGGAUAGUGCUCUCGCCGCCACUGUGGGGAUUGAAUUGAGGCGCCUCGACUGCGGGAGGCGAGAAGGAAGGAGGAGCCGCCGCACGAGUGAGACGGGGGCAGAGCCGUAGAGACCGACUCGGAUAAGGAAACGGGAGGAGGAUGUCUCACGGAGCGGCCGGCGCCCGGAUCAGCCCGUGACUCUUAGAGCGGCGGGCCUCAGACCCCAGCACGGACGUGGACUUUGUCUUUGGGGGCCAGUGUUCUGCCCUUCCUGGUUUCUGGCAAGAUCGCGGAGGAGCCGGGUGCCUCUCUGCCCUUCCAGCCUUCCUCACCAUGUCCAAGAUGCCGGCCAAGAAGAAGAGCUGCUUCCAGAUCACCAGUGUCACUACGGCCCAGGUGGCUACUAGCAUCACCGAGGACACCGAGAGCCUGGACGACCCGGAUGAGUCACGCACGGAGGACGUUUCUUCCGAGAUAUUCGACGUUUCUCGGGCCACGGAUUACGGCCCCGAGGAGGUCUGCGAGCGCAGCUCCUCCGAAGAGACGCUCAACAAUGUUGGGGAUGCGGAGACUCCCGGAACCGUCUCCCCCAACCUCCUCCUGGACGGACAGCUGGCGGCCGCUACAGCCGCUCCGGCCAACGGAGGAGGAGCCGUUUCGGCCCGGAGCGUGGCCGGGGUGCUGGCCAGCACCCUGUCGCCGGCCGCCACCUCAGUCCCCUCCUCGGGGGCCCCCGGCGCCCCCCCGGUCACAGGCCCGUCCGCCACGCCAGGAACUGCCGCCUCAUCACAGCCCCCCACCACUUGUAGUUCGCGUUUUCGCGUGAUCAAGCUGGAUCACGGCAGCGGGGAGCCAUAUAGACGCGGCCGAUGGACGUGUAUGGAAUACUAUGAGCGGGAUUCCGAUAGCAGCGUCCUGACCCGGUCCGGGGAUUGCAUUAGGCACAGCAAUACUUUUGACCAGACUGCGGAGCGAGACAGCGGCCUGGGCGCCACCGGAGGGUCGGUGGUGGUGGUGGUGGCCUCCAUGCCGGGCGCGCAUGGGCCCGACUCGGGAACUGACAGCUCCUUGACUGCUGUGUCACAGCUACCCCAGUCGGAGAAAAUGAGCCAACCCGCCCCGGCCCCGCCGCAGAGUUUUGGCGUUGGGCAGCCGCAGCCGCCGCCGCCGCCCGUAGGUGGGGCUGUGGCUCCAAGCUCGGCUUCGUUGCCGCUGUUCCCGGGAGCCGCGGCCGGGCCGCCGCAGAGGUUGGCAGCCCCGCCGCCCAGCCAGGCCCAGGGCGCCGGGCCCCCGGGGCCCAACGGACAGGGCCUGCCGCUGACGAAUGUAACCUUGGCGCAGCCCGGCCUUGCCGUGGGCGCUGCCACCGCGCCCCCGCCCCAGCAGUUCGCGUAUUCUCAGCCUCAGAUGCCGCCGGGCCAUCUGCUGCCCGUCCCGCCCGCCGCCCAGAGUGAGUACCUGCAGCCGCACGUGGCCGGCCUGCAGCCGCCCAGCCCGGCGCAGCCCUCUUCCGCGGGCGCAGCAGCGGGUCUCGCCGCGGCCGCCGGUCUCCCCGCGGGCACCGGCCAGAACGCCGCCUCCACUGGCGCGCAGAUGAUGGGUGCGCCCUCCUUGCCCGGAGAAGCGGUGGCCCCUGGGCCGGGCCCCGCGCCCGGAGGACCGGCCGCGCCGGGUCAACCGGCCGGAGUGCCCGCGGUUGCCGUGGGAGGCACGGCGCCGUCGGGCCUGGUUCCCGCCGGGGUCGGGCAGCCGCAGGCCGCGCUUCCGCCGCAGAUGAGUGGUAGCGGCGCGCCGUCGGUCGUGCCCAGCGGCCCUCUCGCCGUGGUGCCCGGAGUUGCCAACGUGCCUGCAGCCGCGCCCGCUCCCAGCGUGCCUAGUGUGUCGACGACUUCUGUUACUAUGCCAAAUGUUCCCGCGCCCCUGGGCCAGGCGCCGCAGCUUUGCAGCCAGCCUCCGGUCAGCAGGAGUGGCGGCAGCAUCCAGCACGUGGGGCUGCCCUUAGCGCCCGGCACAGCCAGUGCCCCGACGAGUCUACCGCAGUCUGACCUGAGCCAGUUUCAGACUCAGACCCAGCCUUUAGUCGGGCAAGUUGACGAUACUAGAAGAAAAUCAGAACCCCUACCUCAACCACCACUUUCUCUCAUUGCUGAAAAUAAGCCUGUUGUGAAGCCUCCUGUUGCAGAUGCCCUGGCAAACCCCCUUCAGUUAACACCCAUGAACAGUCUCGCCACCUCUGUAUUCAGCAUAGCUAUUCCUGUUGAUGGUGAUGAAGACAGGAAUCCUUCAACUGCUUUCUACCAAGCGUUCCAUUUGAACACGGUUCAGGAAUCAAAGAACCUCUGGGAUAGUGCAUCUGGGGGAGGUGGUGUAGCCAUUGACAACAAAAUAGAACAAGCAAUGGAUCUGGUGAAAAGCCAUUUGAUGUAUGCAGUAAGAGAAGAAGUGGAAGUUCUAAAGGAACAAAUAAAAGAAUUAGUUGAAAGAAACUCUUUACUUGAACGAGAAAAUGCACUGUUAAAAUCUCUUUCAAACAAUGAUCAGUUAUCCCAACUCCCAGCCCAACAGGCCAAUCCUGGUAGCACUUCUCAACAGCAAGCAGUGAUAGCACAGCCUCCGCAGCCAACGCAACCUCCACAGCAGCCGAAUGUCUCCUCAGCAUAAAGCUUUCUUGCCUCAUUAAGAAAAAAACUGAAAGCAAUCUAUCCUUGUGUGCCACUGGUGUUCUUUCCACUUUAUACGAAAGCAAGUAGCCAUGCUUCAGUUGUGUGUUUGGCCCUUUCAGUAUUAGACAAUCAUUCUACAAGAGCUUUUCCUCUCUUUGAGAUGUCAUGCAGCGCUGUUGGUGUCCAAUUUCUGUCAUCAGUACACAAGGAGAGUAAUAGAUGAGGUGUAUUAAAGUGAGCAGAGUUUGCAUUUUACCUGGUGCGCACGAGUGGGGUCUUUUCAGAGCUUUGGUGGCUCUCCCGUGUUUCCUAUUACCCAUGGAUUUUCCCUGAGCCUUCCUAUCACAUUAUAAAUAACAGUUCAUCUAAAGAGCCACUUUUCUUUCAAUAUCAGUAACAUUUGCCUACGUAAGUUUUCAUUUAUUUGUGUUUUAUUUAUUACAGGGCUGCUAUUUUCAUAAUGUACAUGAACAAUGUCACAGAACUUUUUUAAUUUUUUGGAAUAAUUAUAAGUAUCAGUAAAGGAAUUGAAAGACAGGAUUGCAUUUAAUAGAUAAAAUGUUUAGGCAAUAAUUGAACAAAAGAAUCCUGGCAUAUUUCUAACACUAAUGGCAAUUUACCUUCGGUAUUUAUUUUCAGUAGUAAAGACCCAGCUUGAAUGUAAAUUUUGUAUAGUGUAAGUAUGAAGAACAUAGUGCAACUGUACAGGUAGUCACCAGUUAUUGUGAUAUAAUAAAUAAUUGGGCUAUUUUGAUGAAGAAAACUUUGUUCAUUUGUUUCUACUUUCUAAUAGAGAAAUUGCCACGAUUCCUCUGCUUUUUGACAUUUCGUAUGACUUUUUUCGGGUGGGAAUAAAAAGCUGUGAAAUUGUUCAACCUACUUUGUAACCAAAGAAGCAAAGCUGUGUAAUGGAGUUUUUUUUUUUUUUUUUUUAUAAUGCACAUUCUUUAUGUAUUUUUAUUUAGUGUUUUCUCGGUCACAAUUUUCUUUGCUGUCUAGCAUGAUCUGCAUGACCUAUAAUCUUUGAACCACUUUCGUACCUCAUGUUUUUAUCCAGCACUCUUAUUGUAAUAUGUACUAGUCUGUGAACAAUGUCAAAUAAAAAAGAACGAACAGGUAGUGUGGUGGAGCUGAGCUAGUGUAUUAUACACUAGUUGUAAAAAUAAAAAUGAAGUGAGCCAUCUUUUGUUCAUUUAAAAUGGUGUUUUGAAUUUCGUAUGCAGAAAACGUUUUGUUACAUUGCAGAUUUUAAUGUAUUUAAUAAAUGCAACAUGCAGAUUAAGUGCAGUGUAUACUGAGUAUUUAAAUUAAAAUGUACAUUUCAUAAAUACAGUUUCAAGAGAAAGCAUCAUUUUGUGUAUACUAACACAUUAAGUAUGUCAGAAAUUGAUGUAUAAAUAUAUAUUUUAACACAUUUUCUGAAAUUAAACUGCAGUUUUGUUGAAAUAUUUGGCUCUAUAUGUGUUCAAAAUUUAAUUUGAUUAGAUUUGUAUUUUCACAGUUCCAAAUAUUCCUUCAAUGAAAACCUGUUACUAAUGACUUAAGGAUGGUUCUUAAAUCUUCAAGGUAAAAUAACUUAAAGAAUGCAAGAACAGUGAGCAAUAUCUGUACUCGAUACUCAUGUCAAUGACAUUUAAGUAGGAAAUCCUUGUCUACCAAAACUUUUACUUGAAUUCAGAAAGGUGCCUGUAGAAAUUAAGAUGCUCUAUAUCUAUAGCCAACUAGCUAAUCAGGAGUUACUGAGAAUCAAUAAUUAGCUCUCUGCAUUAAAAGAAGAUAAAUGUUCUUUAUUUAAAAUAAAAACUUAAGCCACAAACUAAAUGCAUAAAAUCAGAGUGUACAUGGUACUUCCAAUUAUUUUAUAUUCUAGUUAUGCUGCAGGAUAUAUUCACUAAAAACAGAAUUUUAAUGUUAAUAGAAAUAACUAAAGGAACUUAAGUCCUUAGGCUUGAAGCAACCCGAAGAUAUGGAGUAAGAUUGCUAAGUAGAGCUGUAUCAGAUGAGCUAGAAAGUGAAACUUCCUUGUUGGAAUGUUUACCAAAAGGCUCUCUGGGUGUGCCCCUGAAGUGCGAACAGUAUAUUUAAUACAGGUGGAGAAAAACUAGCAUUAGAAAAAGUUGGGAUUUUUCGGAAAAUGUCGAUUUUGGUGUUGGGAGUAGAAAAACACUAUAAUUCCUAAGUAAUAGUCACAAAGGAAAUGAUUCAUAUGUUUAAAAUGGUAAUUAAAAGCAAUUAUUACUAUUACAUUUUUUAAAAAUCACAGUAAAAUACAUGUAUAGUUCACAGAAGAAAUAAAUGGCAGUUUCUAAGUGUUCAACCUCUAGUAAUCUAAGAAAUACAAAUUAAUAUUUAACAAAAUUAUUUGUCUUUAAGUAGCAGGACCUAAUGUAGAAAGGCAAGCUUCCUGUGAAUGUCUAAAAAGUAAGUUGGCAAAAAUGUAGUGAGCCUUAACAAACUUUUCAGUUUAAUGACGUGAGAAGAUAACUAAUGGUGCCAUGUUCAAAAAUGCGAAACUAUAGUAGUGCCUGUCGUUCGCUUCCCAACUCCCUGCCUUCCCUUUGGACCUGUGAAGGAAGCCUGUACCAUCCAUACCUAGUCUCAUGAGUCCCUCACUGCAAAGUCAGGGACAACUUAGGGUGGAAAAGCUAUAUGCUUGUUUGCAUCAGAUAGACUGUAUUUUAAAGCAACAUCAGCCAUUCCUCCAGUUGAUUAAAUCUUUAAAUUUCAGUGUUACCUCUGAUAUUUAGGGUCUCCAGUUAAACAUAGCUGGAAUAUUAAUUUACUAAGAUGCCAGUUUAGAAGCACAUUCUUUGUAUGAAUGCCAUCUGUAAUUUUCUCAGUGAAAUGCUCAUAGGCCAGGGUACCACAGACGUUUUCUGUUUAUUUAGUCAACUGCAAAAUCAGGACAUUUUGUUUCUGAUACGGCAGUGUGUACAAACUUUAUUGCCCCCCCCCCCCCAAAAUUAGGUAGCUACAAUGUGAUUUUAUAGCUUACUAUACCACCCCCAAAAAAAGGGGUUGUGAAAUAUAAAAUACAUGGUUAUUUUAACUCAUAAUUUUUUGUCCAAAAAUAGCUGGAUAUUGCCAUUUCUAUUUCCAGUGUUCUGAACUAAGCAUAACAAGUAUAAAGACACAAAUGCUUUAUCAUCAAGCCCUCAAUGAUGGAUAAUUAAAACUCAUUAUUCUGUCAUGGGUCAGAGAUGAGGGUAUUUCUCCAAGUUCCAAACACUAGUCACUUCUGGACCUUUAAAAAAAAAAAAAACAUGGAAGGGGGAAAAGGGGUGCAGUGUACUUAAGAUUAUAGUAACCAAAAUAUCUGUUCAUGAAAAUUCUUUGUAGAACCAGAAUUAAAAUAUCACUGGGUUUUCUGGAAGCAAAUUUUUAAGAUGAAGUUUUUUGUUUUUUUUUUUUAAGGAAGUUACAGCUCAAUGGCAGGCACUUUAUGAUGUGACUCAAUUCUCUUUAAUAACUGAAUUCAAUUGAAAAGGACAAAGCCCACCCCUCAACAUUCAGAGUUUAAGGAUAUAGACAAACCAAGAGAUAAAAUGACAAUAAUAAAGAUCUGUUAUGCACCAUCAAGGAUGGCUUUGUUAGGGAAGAUUUCCUCAUACAGGUGACACCUGAGUCUUGAAGUUCACAAAAGAAAAACAGUGUUCAAAGGAGAGUAUAAGCAAGGCUUGGGUAGCUACAGAACUGUUGUUUCCUAGGAGGCAGGCAGUCAAUGACUGCCUCACUCACCUGGGUAGUCUGGCAUUGAUUAGGAAAGCAGGAAUGAUUUAGUGAAUUUAAGCAAUGCGAUUGUAAUUAGAAUUUCAUUUCAGGAAAAUUAAUCAUUCCAGCAGUACAUAAGAGGUCAUUGAGGGGUAAAACUAGAAGCUGACAGAUAAUUUAGGAAGGACAAUAGUAUUAUGUAAAAGAAAUGAUGGAUAGGCAAAAUUACAUAGGCAAUCUUCUGACAUUCGUGAAGGAAGUUGGUCGUGAGUCUUUCUGUGUCAUCUUUUCCUCCAUGAUGAACAUUCCAUUCCCAGCAUCAGGUGCUUCUUGCUCCAAGGAAAGAUCAAAGAGAACUCUAAGUCUUAGAAAGUUUGAGUAAGACUUUUGCUUCCCUAUAUCUCUAUGAAAUGAAAGGCUUUGUUUCCUGUUUAAGGAAUUUCAAGAAUUUAAGUAAAGGGUAGGGGGGACUAGACGAGCCUUGGCUGUCUUUUCAUGCCUUUGUGUAAAUCCAGUCCUAAAGGUAAGCCAGAUUUAGCCCUUUUAUAGUGACUAGGGAUUAGAGUGGCCCAGAAGGAUGAAUUCAAGGUCUGCCCCUCAGAGCUCUCUUUUCCUCCCCAGAAAGGAUAAUAUGGGUUCUACCUCCAUUGCAGACAUUUGACAACCCAAAUCAGAAUGGGUUCUGCUAGGCUGUAGCCUUUCGUUCUUUGACACAGUUCAGUUCAGGUUUCUUUCUGCCCAAUGAGCCCCUGCCUAAGCAAAACUGGACAUUUUCUUCCACUUCCUCCUGGCUAGUAAUCCGUGUUUCUAUAUUCUAGCAAUACUAAUAGUUUAUUAUUUAGAGAUGUAUAUUUGCAUCCUAUUUUUUCCCUUUUUGACUUUCCAGAAUGCAUUCCAGUUUCAUUUAUUUCUCUAGCAGGUCUCAGAAUUUUUAUGGUAAGAUCAGCUCUUUAUAAGCAUGUAUUCCUUUCAUCAGUAGAGAGAUUCUUAUAAAAGUGCUUCUUAAUGAUUUCCUUAGUAGUCUGCAAUUGGACUGACGUGUUCACAAAUAAAAAUGCUAAGCGGGGCACUAUACAAAGAAAGUUAAAGGCCUUAGAUGUCCUUUUUGUUUUUAACAGAAUCAUCAAAAAUAAAAGUAAGACAGCCUUUCAGGAUUGAUAAUGGUAAAGUAAGCUGCUAUUUUGCACUGGCACAAUCUACUUGACUCAUAGAACUUGUUCAAAAUUCUUGGAUCGUGUGAGUUAGAUUUAUUUUUCCUUCUCCUCAUCAGGGAAACUGAUAGAUUAAAUAGUUUGGGGAAUUUUCCCAAGGUCUAAUGUCUUACGUUGAGCUAUUAAAUAGAGCAUUGAAGUUUAUGAACUAAGGUAUUACCCAUGAGAGCCAAAGUUACUCCUCUGAAAGAAGGAAAAGGUGUGCUAACUUUGAUCAUAAAAAUAGCUGAAUUUUAAAAUAUAGCAAAUGUAACACUUUUGCUUUCUCAUAAAAAGUUGAAUUUACCUUUUUAAUUCAUUCUUUUGCAUGCCUGAUAUAUUUCUGUAUAACAACCAUAAAGUAUGCUUGCCCACUUUAAUUCAGAAUGUUUUCCAAAGCUCAGUUCUUGCUGUCAUUUAGCAGACAAGCAGUGUAUCUAUAGAUAGAUCAUACCUGAGGCAGUCCAUGAACAGCAAGGGAACAUUUUUCUCACGCUUGGGUGUGAACUGUCAGGUCAGUGUUUAAUUCUAGUGUUCCUACGUUAAGAAAACAAUAAAAAUUCACAAAAUAUAUAUAAUUUAAUCAGGUGGCAGAUGGACAGAAAAAAAUAUGCAUAACUUUGUUACGCCCCUAAAUUUUUUUUUAGAAACUUGAGUUUUGUUUUUUUAUUUUAUAGGAACACUCUUGAAAUGCAAUUCAAUUCUAGUUCAAGUCAGGCACUGCCUGCAACCUGAAUGGAACGUUUGGGAGUAGAAAAAUGAGGCAUGAUUUAAACACUUCAGGAGUUCAUGGUCCAAUGUAAAAAGCUAGAGCAUCAUGUUGUUUUUCAAAGUAUAUCUCAUGAUUUGUGGACCUCAUUUCAUUUGUGGAAUGAAACAUUCUUAUAAAUGAACAGUAAUAGUGCCAUGCCAUGUGAAACCCUUUGACAUUACCAGCAAACAACUUGAAAUCACCAAAAAGCUUUAACAUCAAAUACUUCUAGAAAAAGGGGGCCUGGCGAAAAGAUCUUCCAUCUCUAUAUUUAGCCUGCAAGGUAUCCCCUAAGAAAGGAACUAGUCUGAAAGAGAAGUUUACACAUUUCUUAAUACUCUAGUUUGUAGAUAACAAUUGAUUUAAAUAAAAAUAAUUCUUGCAUCAUGAAUUAUAUCAUCUAUUGUCUCAUAAACAACACAUUCAUUAUUUUCGCUGGCAAAAUCAGCUACCAUUCAGUGAACCAAGUUAAUAAUAACUCAGGUACCUAAUACCAAAAUUAAAUCUGAUAAAGCUGAGAAUCCAGAAAGAAACACAUAUUGAGUAAAUGAUAAAAGUGACAUUUCAAAUCAAUAAGCGAAGAAUGGAUUAUUCAGCAAAUAGUACUAAGACAGCAUAACCUUUUGGUAAAAAAUAAUUUUAGAUCUCUAACUCACAAAAAUUAAUUCCAGCAGGACUCACGCUCUUUGGUCACAUACACAUAUUUAGAAAUAUCCCUGUGAAAAUGUACAUAAGAAGUUUUGCAAGUAGGUUGUGAAGAGAUGCCCAACUUUAGACAAAUAAGGGGAAUGCACAUUAAAACACGAGAGACUAUCUCAGAUCCAGUUGGCAAAAUAUUUAAAAUAUAAAUCAAGAGUGUGAGGAAACAGAAUUCCUACCUUACUACAGAGCAUAUAAAUUAGCACAGCCACUUCUAAAGACAACCGAAUGGUAUCCAUUACAAUUUUAAAUUCACAUGCCAAUAUUUCUAAUUUUUAGUGAAACACAUUUUACAUACGUUUAUUCAUAAUGUAGCUUCUACGGUGAUGUCUGUUGUUCCUUUGGUUGUAACUAUAAAACUGGAAAAACCAAAAUAUGCAUCUAGGGAAUGGAGCAUGGUACGUGUUAUACAUGGUACAUGUUAUAGAUCACUAGGAGUCAGUGAAAAAGAAUCGAGAGUCCUACAUGCACUGACAUGGAAAGAUCUCUUAAGAUACAAUGUUAAGUUUUUUAAAAGUUUAGGGGAAAAUGGAUAAUACAUGAAAUACACAUGGUACCACUGAUGUUAAAACACAUACCACACCCAUUCACACAAAUACUGUAUAGUGUACAUCUUAAGUACCUAAUUGUGUAUUAUAAAAAUGUAUAGAGAAGGUCUGGAAGGGUACUAACCAAACUGUUCACAGUAGUUUGGUGGAGUGCAUUAGCUUUACCUGUAAUGUUUGAUGUUUUUGAGUAUGCAUUCAUGUAUUGUUUGUGUAAUGGACCAAUUAAUAAAUUAGAAAUAAAAUAAAAUAGAAGA